GGCUCAUAAUUAAUCAGUCCUUUCGAAGACUUUGUUUAGUUUGUUUAAACAAAAACUCGUCAAAAGGCGAGGUCUUUAGACUAAAAUUCUUAUAGCCCAACAAUAUGCAUAAGUUGUCUUUGUUUAUAGUUUUAUUGGCCACAUUUUGUCGCAUCAAUGUGGCUCAAAGAGGAAAGGGGUACAAUUAUCCCAAUCCGUAUAAUCCGUUAGUAGACGGAGGAAAGAGUUCCGAUCAAGGUUUCCCGGGAUCGGGCUCUGGACAUUCAGCAAGCGGUACUGGCUCAUCUCAACCACAAGGAUUUGUUCCUGCAGGCAGCCGUGGUUCGGGAGCAUUCGGUGCAGGACAACAAGGACAAGCUGGAGGUAGUUUCCCUGGAUCCGCUGGACAAGCUGGAAGUGGUUUCACCGGAUCUGCUGGACAAGCUGGAGGUAAUUUCCCUGGAUCAGCUGGACAAGCUGGUAGCAGUUUCCCUGGCUCAACUGGACAAGCUGGAAGUGGUUUCCCUGGAUCUGCUGGACAAGCUGGUGGUAGCUUCCCAGGCUCAACUGGACAAGCUGGUGGUAGUUUCCCUGGAUCCGCUGGACAAGCUGGAAGCAGAUUCCCCGGAUCUGCUGGACAAGCUGGUGGCAGUUUCCCUGGAUCCGCUGGACAAGCUGGUAGCAAUUUCCCUGGCUCAACUGGACAAGCUGGCGGUAGUUUCCCUGGAUCUUCUGGACAAGCUGGAAGUGGUUUCACUGGAUCUGCUGGACAGGCUGGUGGUAGCUUCCCUGGCUCAACUGGACAAGCUGGUGGUAGUUUCCCUGGAUCCGCUGGACAAACUGGAAGCAGAUUCCCUGGAUCUGCCGGACAAGUUGGUGGUACUUUCCCUGGAUCAGCUGGACAAGCUGGCGGUAAUUUCCCUGGAUCGGCUGGACAAGCUGGUAGCAGUUUCCCUGGCUCAGUUGGACAAGCUGGAAGUAGCUUCCCUGGAUCUUCUGGACAAGCUGGUAGCAGUUUCCCUGGCUCAGUUGGACAAGCUGGAGGUAGUUUCCCUGGAUCAUCUGGACAAGCUGGAAGCAGUUUCCCCGGAUCUGCUGGACAAGCUGGAGGUAAUUUCCCUGGAUCAGCUGGACAAGCUGGCGGUAAUUUCCCUGGAUCGGCUGGACAAGCUGGUAGCAGUUUCCCUGGCUCAGUUGGACAAGCUGGAGGUAGCUUCCCUGGAUCAUCUGGACAAGCUGGAAGCAGUUUCCCCGGAUCUGCUGGACAAGCUGGUGGUAAUUUCCCUGGAUCAACUGGACAAGCUGGAAGUGGUUUCCCUGGAUCUGCUGGACAAGCUGGAGGUAAUUUACCUGGAUCAGCUGGACAAGCUGGAAGUGGUUUCCCUGGCUCAGUUGGUCAAGCUGGAAGCGGAUUCCCCGGAUCUGCUGGACAAGCUGGAAGUGGUUUCCCUGGCUCAAUUGGUCAAGCUGGAAGUGGUUUCCCUGGAUCCGCUGGACAAGCUGGUGGUAAUUUCCCUGGAUCAGCUGGACAAGCCGGACAAGCUGGAAGUGGUUUCCCUGGCUCAGUUGGUCAAGCUGGAAGUGGUUUCCCUGGAUCUGCUGGACAAGCUGGAGGUAAUUUCCCUGGAUCAGCUGGACAAGCCGGACAAGCUGGAAGUAGUUUCCCUGGCUCAGUUGGUCAAGCUGGAAGUGGAUUCCCCGGAUCUGCUGGACAAGCUGGAGGUAAUUUCCCUGGAUCAGCUGGACAAGCCGGACAAGCUGGAAGUGGUUUCCCUGGAUCUGCUGGACAAGAUGGAAGUGGUUUCCCUGGCUCAGUUGGUCAAGCUGGAAGUGGUUUCCCUGGAUCAGCUGGACAAGCUGGAGGUAAUUUCCCUGGAUCCGCUGGACAAGAUGGACAAGCAGGAAGUGGUUUCCCUGGCUCAGCUGGUCAAGCUGGAAGUGGUUUUCCUGGAUCUAUUGGGCAAGAUGGAAAUGGUUUCCCUGGCUCAGCUGGUCAAGCUGGAAGUGGUUUCCCUGGAUCUACUGGACAAGCAGGAAGUGGGUUCCCUGGAUCUACUGGACAAGCAGGAAGUGGUUUCCCUGGCUCAGAUGGUCAAGCUGGAAGUGGUUUCCCAGGAUCUGCUGGACAAGAUGGAAGUGGUUUCCCUGGCUCAGUUGGUCAAGCUGGAAGUGGUUUCCCUGGCUCAGUUGGUCAAGCUGGAAGUGGAUUUCCUGGACAAUCUGGAACUGAUUCUACCGGCCAAAACGCAUUAUCAGACCAAUUUGCACCUCAGGGACCAUUUGGUGGAUUCGGAGGAGUUGGAGGAACUGGACCUGAUGGACCUAUUGGCGGAAUCGGAGGAGUCGGUGGAGUUGGCCCAGACGGACCAAAUGGUGGAUUUGGAGGAGUUGGUGGUGUCGGACCAGACGGUCCUAAUGGUGGAUUUGGAGGAGUUGGUGGUGUUGGUCCCGAUGGACCCAAUGGUCCAUUCGGUUCAUUUGGCGGCUCUUUUGGACCUCAAAGUGACUUAUUCCCUGUUGCUAGUGGUGAUUACUCUGCAAUUCCUGGAGUAUAUGGAGUAGACUACCCAACAUAUUCUGAGGUUCCUCAAACUUCGUUCGAUUGUCAGUAUCAACAAUGGCCUGGUUAUUAUGCCGAUGUCGAGGCUCGUUGCCAAGUUUUCCACAUUUGUGCUUUAAACACUACUUUCAACUUCAUCUGUCCUAUCGGAACAAUAUUCAGUCAGGAACAUUUGGUAUGCGUAUGGUGGAAUCAAUUUGACUGCAAUACCGCUCCUAGCUUGUAUUACAAAAAUGCGUACAUAUAUGAUUACUCAAAGAAUGGACAGCAAGGUGCACAAGGACCAUUUGCAGAUUUCGCUGGUUCACAAGGACCGUUUGCUGAUUUCGGUGCAGCUCAAGGACCAUUCGGACCAUCAGCCUCAUUUCCAGGAUUAGUUGGACCAUCAGGACCAUCUGCUGGUUUCGACGGUGCGCAAGGACCAGUUGUUGGCCCGGCAUCUGCGCAAGGUCCACAAGCUGACUUUACAGGAACUGACGGAUCAGUAGGACCUCAAGGCCCAUCUGCAUCAUUCGGUGGUGCACAAGGACCAAGUGGACCAUCCGACGGUUCAUCCAUACAAGGCCCAUCUGCAGGAUUCGGUGGUGCUCAAGGCCCAAGUGGACCUGGUUUUGGUGGAGAUCAAGGAUCACCAGCAGGACCAGGAUCUGGAUCAUUCCCCGGCUCAGAAGGUGGUGCUGGUUUCCCAGGCUCAGGAUCAUUCCCUGGAUCCGAAGGUUUCCCAGGCUCAACUGGACAAGCUGGAUUCCCUGGACAAGCUGGAAGUGGAUUCCCCGGAUCUGCUGGACAAGAUGGAAGUGGUUUCCCUGGCUCAGCUGGUCAAGCUGGAAGUGGAUUCCCUGGACAAGCUGGAAGUGGAUUCCCUGGAUCUGCUGGACAAGAUGGAAGUGGUUUCCCUGGCUCAGUUGGUCAAGCUGGAAGUGGAUUCCCUGGACAAGCUGGAAGUGGAUUCCCUGGAUCUGCUGGACAAGAUGGAAGUGGUUUCCCUGGCUCAGUUGGUCAAGCUGGAAGUGGAUUCCCUGGACAAGCUGGAAGUGGAUUCCCUGGAUCUGCUGGACAAGAUGGAAGUGGUUUCCCUGGGUCAGUUGGUCAAGCUGGAAGUGGCUUCACCGGAUCUGCUGGACAAGCUGGUGGUAAUUUCCCUGGAUCAGCUGGACAAACAGGUCAAGCUGGAAGUGGAUUCCCUGGAUCUACUGGACAAGCUGGAGGUAGUUUCCCUGGAUCAGCUGGAAGUAGUUUCCCAGGAUCUACUGGACAAGCUGGAGGUAGCUUCCCUGGAUCUGCUGGACAAGCUGGAAGUGGUUUCCCAGGAUCUGCUGGACAAGCUGGAGGUAGCUUCCCUGGAUCUUCUGGACAAGCUGGAGGUAGCUUCCCUGGAUCUUCUGGACAAGCUGGAAGCAGUUUCCCUGGCUCAGUUGGACAGGCUGGAGGUAGCUUCCCUGGAUCUGCUGGACAAGCUGGCGGUAGUUUUCCUGGAUCUUCUGGACAAGCUGGAAGUGGUUUCCCUGGCUCAACUGGACAAGCUGGUGGUAGUUUCCCUGGAUCUGCUGGACAAGCUGGUGGUAGUUUCCCUGGAUCUGCUGGACAAGCUGGAAGCAGAUUCCCUGGAUCUACGGGACAAGCUGGUGGAAGUUUCCCUGGAUCUGCUGGACAAGCUGGUGGUAGUUUCCCUGGAUCUGCUGGACAAGCUGGUGGUAAUUUCCCUGGAUCAGCUGGACAAGCUGGAAGCAGAUUCCCUGGAUCUGCCGGACAAGCUGGUGGAAGUUUCCCUGGAUCUGCUGGACAAGCUGGUGGUAGUUUCCCUGGAUCUGCUGGACAAGCUGGUAGUAGUUUCCCUGGAUCAGCUGGACAAGCUGGAAGCAGAUUCCCUGGAUCUGCCGGACAAGCUGGAAGCAGAUUCCCUGGAUCUGCUGGACAAGCUGGUGGUAGUUUCCCUGGAUCAGCUGGACAAACUGGUGGUAGUUUCCCUGGAUCAGCUGGACAAGCUGGAAGCAGAUUCCCUGGAUCUGCCGGACAAGCUGGUGGUAGUUUCCCUGGAUCUGCUGGACAAGCUGGUGGUAGUUUUCCUGGAUCAGCUGGACAAGUUGGUGGCAGUUUCCCUGGCUCAGCUGGACAAGCUGGUGGUAGUUUCCCUGGAUCCGCUGGAAGCAGAUUCCCCGGAUCUGCUGGACAAGCUGGUGGUAGCUUCCCAGGAUCAUCUGGACAAGCUGGUGGCAGAUUCCCUGGAUCCGCUGGACAAAGUGGUAGCAAUUUCCCUGGAUCCGCUGGACAAGCUGGUAGCAAUUUCCCUGGAUCGGCUGGACAAGCUGGUAGCAAUUUCCCUGGCUCGGCUGGACAAGCUGGUGGUAGUUUCACUGGAUCAGCUGGACAGGCUGGUGGUAGUUUCCCUGGAUCAGCUGGACAAGCUGGUGGUAGUUUCCCUGGAUCAGCUGGACAAGCUGGUGGUAGUUUCCCUGGAUCAGCAGGAAGUAGUACAGGGUUUGCCGGUAGACCUGGCACAAGCCCUGCUGCCACAUUCCCUGGCUCAUUUGGUGCGGGUUCCGCUGGCUCUCAACGACCUGGAUUCACUGGAAGUGACUCAGAGAGAGAAUACUUGCCCCCGCGAUCGUAGACAAAUCGUACAAACUAAAAAUGUGAAACAAAAGACAACUCAACAGUUGGUGCUGACAUUAUUUAUAUAUUUUGCUUUUAUAUUGUUGUUAAUUCGUUUUUAUCUAGAUUUUAUCAUUCACUCAAUCAUGACGAAAAUUGUCUGUACUUCGUUGUUGAUUUCGUUCAAUGCCAUGGAAGUAGUAAAAAGGAAAUUUGCAUUAGAAUCAAUUAAAUUAGAUCCAAAAGGCAGUGUGUUAAAAGUCAAUUGUUGUAAAAGAAAUUACGUCAUUUCAUUUAUUUUCAUUUAACUGUAGUAAACUUAAAGUGAAUUUCACUUAGGCUUACAAAUAGACUUAUACUCUUAGAUCCAUUAAGUAACCAUUUAUGUGUGAGCUAAUUGAUAUUUCAGAUCUGGCUUCUAAUUUCUUUUAUGAACUAUUUCAAACAAUAUUUUCAAAGCUGAUUUUUUAUUCAUGUGUACAUUAAUAUUUUCGUUCUAAAGUAUCCAAUCAAAAGGCUUACACAUAAUUUGAUAGACUGUAAGAUUUAAAAAAAAAAUACUUUAUCGAAUAUGAUGCUUCCGUCGAUGUUAUAACACCAUCAACAUUGUCUCUAUUUAUCUCUCUCUUGUCAUCAAAAAUACGGAGUCUUUGCAUCGUUAAAGAAAAAAAAGAAAAAUUUAAGUUAAUUGUCGCCAUGUAUAAUUUUGUAAAUUUAUGUAAAUUGUAUAUAAAAUACAAACGAAAAAAUCCAAAAAAAAAA